AAACACUUAACAAAAGUAACCAAAACUAAUCCCUUUAGCUAUGAAUCAAAUGUAUAUAAAUAUGUGUGUCUUUUCGUUAACUAUAUUCCUGUUACUGAUUGUCAACACAAUGUGUGGGCGCGAUUUUUAUGCCAUUUUAGGCGUCCCUAAGUCAGCGAAUGUGAACCAAAUCAAGGAGGCUUACAGCGAGUUAGCCAAAGAACUGCAUCCCACCGGCAAGUUCCAGGACUUGCGCGCCGCCUACGAGGUGCUGUCAGACCCGGAGAAGCGCAAGACGUACGACCGACACGGCGAGGAAGGGCUGAAGAGUGACUCGUUUCAUGCGUUUCAUGACUUCAACCCGUUCGGGGGCGGCGGUCGGGAACGGAAGCGCGAGAUACCAAAAGGCAGGGAUGUGGUGAUGGACCUGUGGGUGACGCUCGAGGAGCUGUACUCCGGGAACUUCGUGGAAGUGGUGAGACAUAAGGCGGUGUAUCGGCAGACGCGGGGGACGCGGAAGUGUAACUGUUGGCAGGAGAUGAUGACCCAACAGUUAGGCCCCAGCUAUUUCCUAACGAUACCCCACCAGGUGUGCGACGACUGCCCAAACAUGGAGUUAGUCGACGAGGAAAAGCUGCUGAAGAUCGAGGUGGAGGCCGGUAUGAAAGACGGACAGACCCAGACGUUUGUCGCCGAAGGCGAACGACCGACAGGCGAACAGCGCAUCGAUGGAGAACCGGGCGAUCUGAAGGUGCGGAUCCGGACGCAACCGCACCACACGUUUGAGCGCCGGGGCGACGACCUGUACACGAAUGUCACAAUCAGUCUGACGGACGCGUGGGGGGGCUUUCAGAUGUCGAUCGCACACCUCGACGACCAUAAGGUGUCGGUGAGCAGGGAUAAGGUGACGUGGCCGGGCGCUCGCAUGCGAAAGGCGGGCGAAGGGAUGCCUAACUACGAGAACAACAACCUUCGCGGCACUCUUUACGUGACGUUCGACGUGGACUUCCCGAAGGCUCCCGUGCGCGAUUUUUAUGCCAUUUUAGGCGUUCCUAAGUCAGCGAAUGUGAACCAAAUCAAGAAGGCUUACCGCAAGUUAGCCAAAGAACUGCAUCCCGACAAGAAUAAGGACGACCCCACGGCCACCGGCAAGUUCCAGGACUUGGGCGCCGCCUACGAGGUGCUGUCAGACCCGGAGAAGCGCAAGACAUACGACCGACACGGCGAGGAAGGGCUGAAGAGUGACUCGUUUGGCGGCUCCGACCCGUUUGCCAGCUUUUUCGGCGACUUUGGCUUCUUUGGCGAUGGCUUCGGGGGCGGCGGUCGGGAACGGGAGCGCGAGAUACCGAAAGGCGGGGAUGUGGUGAUGGACCUGUGGGUGACGCUCGAGGAGCUGUACUCCGGGAACUUCGUGGAAGUGGUGCGACAUAAGGCGUCGUAUCGGCAGACGCGGGGGACGCGGAAGUGUAACUGUCGGCAGGAGAUGGUGACCCGACAGUUAGGCCCCGGGAGGUUCCAAAUGAUGCAGCAACAGGUGUGCGACGACUGCCCUAACAUGGAGUUAGUGGACGAGGAGAAGCUGUUGGAGAUCGAGGUGGAGGCCGGUAUGAAAGACGGACAGACGCAGACGUUUGUCGCCGAAGGCGAGCCGCACAUUGACGGAGAACCGGGCGAUCUGAAGGUGCGGAUCCGGACGCAACCGCACCACACGUUUGAGCGCCGGGGCGACGACCUGUACACGAAUGUCACGAUCAGUCUGACGGACGCGUUGGUGGGCUUUCAGAUGUCGGUCGUACACCUCGACGGCCAUAAGGUGUCGGUGAGCAGGGAUAAGGUGACGUGGCCGGGCGCUCGCAUGCGAAAGGCGGGCGAAGGGAUGCCUAACUACGAGAACAACAACCUUCGCGGCACUCUUUACGUGACGUUCGACGUGGACUUCCCGAAGGGAGAGCUCAAUGACGACCACAAACAGUCCAUUAAAGCCAUUCUCAACGAAGACUCAAAGACGAAGGCUUACAAUGGCUUAAGAGGCUAUUAAUAGGACUUAAUUUAGAUUUAGAUUAAUAUUCCAAUGAAAAACACAUAAGUAUUUAAACGCCGAAGAAUACUAUACUCGCGUUGUGUAUAGG